AUGGCAGCAGUCACCUUGCCUGCGACCACCACCCUCCCUGUCCCCGAUGGGCUUGGUGCCGCUGCCUUGGACAAUCGAGAUCCCAUGUCCCAGUCUCUCCCAGCGCCGCCUCAAGUUCAUACCCCUCCCACUACAGACGAGGGGAGUCACAAGGACGAUGACGCAGUUUCGAGUUCCUCCCUCUCCGAACUUGGUGAUGACAUUGAAGACGAGGAAAAUAGGAUGAGAUUUGAGGAGGCUGCACGCGCUGGCGCCGAAGCGGAACAGUUCUCGGAGGUCAAACCGGAUAGAUAUGAGAAUGGGGUCCCGAUCUUUACUCCAACAAUGGAACAGUUCAAGGACUUUCAAAGAUAUGUCAAGGGUGUGGAUCCUUAUGGCAUGCAGUCAGGUAUCGUCCUGAUUGAUCCUCCUGAAGAAUGGAAACGUGAGCGGAAAGAUCUCGACGAAAUCGUCAAGACCAUCAAGAUUAGAAACCCCAUCACGCAGGAAUUCCAUGGUGCCCAAGGGAUCUAUACGCAACGAAACAUGGAGAAAAUGCGGUCUUACAAUCUGCCGCAGUGGAAAUCUCUGUGCGAGCAGACUGAGAACCAGCCUCCCGCCAAACGGGGUGAGAAGCGCCUCAACGCCGACAAAUUACUCGGACGAGGCCUUGCUCGCAGCAGGAAAACCGAAGCAUCGGCAACCCCUGAGGCUUCUAAGAGAGCCUCCAGUCGUGCCAAAUCCAUUCCUAUUAAAGAGGAACCAACUGAUCACGAUUCCACCCUUCUCGCCCCGCCGACACCGACGAGUCCCGAGGUGAAGCCAGCCGCCCUGGACCAUGAGGCAGGGGAAGAUGAGGCAGUUUCUUCAACUGCUGAUCCAACCCCGAUCAAGGCCAAGAGAGGGAGAGGCAGACCGCCUGGCACUGGCAGACCACGAGGACGACCACCCAAAAAUGGCGCUAGAAAAGAAGCUUUGGGUAUUAAUAAGGGAUCGGAAACCACCGUUGCAGCUCGUCGACUGCGGAAUGCUCGCGAGGCCAUUGAUGAAAUCGACGAAGAGGCUUUCCGCGAUUUUGAUUAUCGGGUAUAUGAUAACGAUCAGUGGACGCCCGAGCGCUGCGACGAACUCGAAGAGAAAUACUGGAAAAGUCUGAACUUCAGCAAUCCUAUGUACGCUGCCGAUAUGCCGGGAUCUCUAUUUGACGACGAUACUAAGGAAUGGAAUGUCGCGAAACUACCCAACUUGCUCGACCUUUUGGGCCAACCAAUUCCCGGCGUCAACACAGCUUACCUGUACCUUGGAAUGUGGCGAGCAACCUUUGCGUGGCAUCUGGAAGAUGUGGAUCUUUACAGCAUCAACUACAUUCACUUCGGUGCCCCGAAGCAAUGGUACAGUGUAUCUCAAAAAGACGCGCCCAAGUUUGAAGCGGCUAUGAAGUCUAUCUGGUCGUCAGAUGCGAAGAACUGCGACCAGUUCCUGCGCCACAAGACUUAUCUGGUAUCGCCUGCAAUACUCAAAUCGAAAUUCGGUGUCAAUGUCAACAAAGUUGUCCAUCGAGAAGGCCAGUUUAUCAUCACCUUUCCAAUUGGGUACCAUUCCGGCUACAAUUUGGGUUACAACUGCGCAGAGUCUGUCAAUUUCGCCAUUGAAAACUGGUUACAAUAUGGCAAGACUGCACGAAAGUGCCAGUGUGAAGCCGACAGUGUCUUUAUCGAUGUGGAAUGGUUCAUUCGAAGGAUGAACGGCGAACCAACACCCGAGUUCGAAGAAGUUGAGGUCACAGACGACGAAGAUGAGGACGAACCAACAGACCUGCCGACACCUCCGAGCAGCGACAGAGGCAAAAUAAAAGUCCCACAGAAGCGAAAACGAGCUUCGAAGGAGCUUGGACCGAACAAAAAAGCCAGGAAAAUCAUCAAAAUCAGAAAAGUCAGCAAGAACCAGCCCUGCUGCCUGUGCCCGAACGAUUUCUCCUGGGAGGAGCUUCUGCCGACGACGCACGGCCAGCGUGCUCACAGAACUUGUGCCAUGUACACGCCAGAAACCUACAUUGCCAGCAAAGACGGCAGGGAAAUGGUUUACAAUGUUGAAAACAUCAGCAAAGAUCGUCUGGAACUCAAGUGCUACGAGUGUCGGCUGAAGAAAGGUUCGUGCUUUCAAUGCUCAUCGGCGAAAUGCACCAAGUCAUACCACGCGACCUGUGCCAUGCAAGCUGGUGUACAGGUCGAUAAGGGCGAAAUCGCUGUUUGGCACGAAGGGGUGGAGUAUCGUGACAUUGGGUUCGACUGGAGAUGUCGUCUGCAUCGCACAGUCAAACGGACAAGGAUCACGAGCGAACUUUCCGCCUGCAAUCACGCAAACAGCUGCUGGCAGAAUGCCGAAUUCCGUCGAUUUUUGUUCAGCCUCAAGGAAGGGGACCUUAUUCAAUUUCAAGCCACCAAUACCGACGACAUUGAAGCAGGCCUGGUCAUUGCUGGGUACGAAGAAGGCCAAGACUCGGUCCUUGUGAAGAUCCUACCAGAUCUGAAACAAGUAAAAGAGGUAGAUCCGACAUCGAUCCUGUUUGUCGACUCUGCCACCUCGUAUCUACAAAAGCCAAGUGCAAAUGCGCUUGACCUUCCCGAAGAGCUUCAAGGCAAGACUGCUUCACUCCCCGAAUCAACCGAGAAGAAGCCCAGCCCAGGCGACCUGUUUGCUGAGGAGCCAAGAACCGAAUGGGCAGAGUUUGUCUCUGCUCUGCCUCUCGUUAACAAAGCACAGAAGCCUGUCGACCUCAGCCAGGAAAAGCAACUGUGGAUCUAUCUUGGAGAGUCGUCAUCAGAAGGGAAGGCCUUUUAUACCGCCGAUCCUGACAAACCUGUCCAUGAUCCUGCGUCGAACUUCCUCGACGUUGUCGCGCCUCCCAAAACAGCCAUGGCACCACCGCCUCACCCCAAGCGCCAAGCACUCUCUGCUUCCCAUCCGCGGGCCAGCUUUACGGCAAAGAGUGCUGCAAUGGCAAAUAUCAGGCAGACCGUCGACAAGCAGGCUCUGCAAUCUUCAGUCCUUCCGGGAACGUUCAGCGGAACAACACAAGAUCUCACGAUCGGCAGCAGCCAGAUUAAGCCAAUAAAAGCCAAUCAGAUUAAGCGAUCGCAGUAUCGAGACAUCGUGACCGGCCAAGAGGCUCGCCUGAACGAGCAGGCACGGAUAUUUCAGCGACAGCAAGCCAAAGCUCGACAGCUGGAUGCCGCAGAGAACCCCACCGGUUCCAUUCGCCAUACUGGUAUUGGAAUUGACCAUGAUGCUGUCCAACGUCAGAGACACUUCCAACAGCAAGCAUCUCAACAUGCCAAGCAUAUGAAGGAGUGGUCAAAUGAUCCAUCACUGCCGCCGCUCAAGCAGUAUGAGCCUUUCCCGAGCUUCACCACCCUGGAUAACACUGGUCGCUAUGGUCCCACAAUGAUGACUUCAAACAUGCGGUCACAGCAAUACGAAUACAGCAGUGAUUGGAUGAACCCUGCUGCCGCAAGUCAGAGCCCGGGUUUUGGACAUCCCCAAAAUUCAGGUCUUAACUCUAUGCUAACACCUCAAUAUGGUCGAUCCCAAUCCCCUGCCACUUCUCCUUUCCCUUCGUAUGUCCAACAAUCUCACCUUCAAUUCCCGUACCACGGCAGUUCGAAUCACACUGCUGCAGGAUCUUCGGCUCCAAGUACUCCGUAUCAACAAUCCCGCAUCGAAACAAUCCGUGCGGCCACAAGUCAACCACCUCCACCUCCACCUUCAGCCGAAGUCGAACGGCAGCGUCGGAUUUCCAACCCGGCUUACCCAUUUAAGAGCCCUGAUCAAAUCAAGGCCCAAAGAGAAGCAGAGAAGAACUCUCCACCGGGUAGCAGACCAAGCAGUUCGUACAUGAUUCCCAGUCCUGGCCUGCAUCAGCAACAUGAUGCUUCUGCUUCCUUUUUGCAGCAUGCAGGCUCGUCCACCGCAAGCCCCUCCAUGCAACCACUCGAUCCGCAGAACCCUCCUCAAUUUAUCAACCCGAAUGCCACGCAGAUCAGCCCACCCGGAUCUAGUGCUGGCCAUCGCUCUGCGAGAGGAAGUUUCUCCGGACUAGGUUUGGCAUCAUCCAUCUCUUUCCCUUUGAGUCACAUGGGAUUAAAGAGGUCCUCUUCAAUGGACAUGAUGGAUCUAGACAUGAUACACGAUAUGGCACCGUUUCCCGCUGCGAGUAUUAAUCCUCUGCAAAUCAGCAGUUACAUUCCCAAGCGCUCGAUUUACGAUCCGCUCAACACUAGUGGCCAUGGGGGUAUGCUGAUGCUACACAAGCCCCAGCUCCCAAUCCCAAAACCAAUUCAACCCCAUUCCUCGGUAAUCCAAUAUCCUCCGCCGCCUCCUAUGGCCGAUCCGUCCCUUCUACUCGUCCAGUCUCUUGAGAAGCGGCCGCUUGGACCCACGGGCUUGCUCAUCAAUGACCGACCCGUCCCGAAGCAGCUGAGUGAUUGGGUUGCAAGGGGUGGAUUUUGGGCAAGAGUAGCGGGAUACUAUAUCCAGAAGCACAAAGGCAUGGCUAGUGUGUAUCGGAGCCCGUUUAUUGCGGUAAAGGAUAAGGUUGGCCUGGACAGUUGGGAAGGAGGGUUGGCUGAAAGGUACUAUGACAACCUGGAGCCCCAAGAAAGGCAGAGAAUUGAUGCCGUGAGGGAUGGGAAUGCUCAGCCAUAA